AUGAAAACCAAUAAUGAGCCUUCUCUCUUCAAAUAUCGAGUACUUUAUCUAACUCUUAUCUUUAUUUCCUAGGUCCUUGAACAAAAAAACAAAAAAAUCAUCCUUGAAGCUGAUGAAGAUCAAUUCAACUCAUUUGCCAAUGCUCUCUCCAUCAUCUAAAGGUUUCACGACGAUAUCAAACAAUAACUCAACCCUUAAUAAACUUCUUCAAGAAAAAUACGUGGUAUUCCAUCCCCUAUUUAUCCUCAGUCAAUUCCGACUCUGAGAAAUCAAAUAAUGUUUCCCAUCCUUACCCAAACCCAGACAUCAAAGAAGAUCAAGACUUUAGAAGGUAUCCAAAUACACUAAUUACACCUUAGGCGCAUCCCUCAUUUCUUCCUAUCUCGUUUUAAGAAGUGGGCCAAAAUGAUGGAGCAAGAUGCUGCUUACAAAUAUUUACAGAAUGUUUAAGAAUCUAAAGUAUAUUUCAAUUAAACCAUUAUCUAGACAUCAAAAUAAUAACGAUUUGAAUUAGGAGAUUUACAAAGAUGCUUUCAAGUUUAAGUCAAUGAACCCAAAGAGUCUAAGCUUUGUAAGAAUUUACUCAAAGAUCUUUUUAUUUCCUUCCUCUAAAAUGAAGCCACACUAUAAAUCAUUCAUUAUAAUAAAAUCAGUUCAAUCGAAUAAAAAGUACAAUGUGGAAUAUUUAUAAUUAGCAUAAAUAUAUAGCAGAAAUUAAAAAUAUGAUUUAAGAGAUGUAUGAACUCAAACCUUUUGAUUCUUAUCUUUCCUCUGAAAAGAUUAAAGGAAAGAAAACAAUUAAUAAUAAUAUAUGCUAAUCACCUAUACAAGAAAAAUAAGAAGAGCAAAGAGAUGAUUUUUAGAUCCCUUAAAUUUAGGAAAAAUACUCUAAUGAAAGUUUUAAAAAAUACAAUUAAGCUCCCUCCCUUGUAAAAAUGAAUAGUUUCUAAUGA